ACCCUCUGGAACCGUGACACAAAUGCUGCCCGUAACAUCCGCCGCCUAUUAGAAGAAUUUCACCGAUCUGAAGAUAGAGACCGAUAUGAAGGAGCCGUUCGCCGUAGUUACUUCGGGAAUAAGUCGGAUGCAUAG